AUGGACAUCAAAGAGCAAGGAAGACCGGGUGAAGCGGGGACCGCCAAUAGUGGCAGUAAGACGACGAGGGGUGAAAGCCUUAGGGAAGCCCAGCGUCCGACGACUAGAUCCCUUGUGACACCCAAACAAACAAGCACCAUCGGACACUGGAACGUGAGAACAAUGUAUAGAGGAGGAGCUUCAGCACAGAUUACGAGAGAGAUGGAAGAAUACCAACUGAACAUUUUUGGAAUCAGUGAGUGCAGAUGGACAGGAGCUGGGAAGAUGAGACAGGCCUUGGGUCAGACCGUCAUAUACAGCGGGGAUGAAGAACUACAUGAGGGAGGAGUUGCCAUAAUGAUCAGCCAGCAGGCAAUGAAAUCACUUAUAAAAUGGGCACCCAUCAGCAAGAGAAUCAUAAUAGCAGAAUUCUUUUCAAGAUACAGGAGAGUGUCGGUGAUCCAAGCAUAUGCGCCACAUAAUGAAAAGGGAGAGAAGGAGAAAGAACAAUUCUAA